CCAAGAACUGCUACUCGAGUAGACCGCCAGUCGCACACAUUUCUCCUGGCGCGGCGCGGUGCGGUGCGGUGCGGUGCUCAGACGUUAUACCAGGCGCUCCAACGCUACAGUCCCCAGUCUUUUGCAAAUGUGAUGAUGGACGGCACUUCACACAACAACAAUCCAAAUCACCAUCUUCCACCUCCUCCCUCACCCUCACAGCCCUCCCAACCAAUCCUCCCACGAAUCCCCUCUCCCUCCCAAUCCCCCGCAUACUCCAGGGACGGUCCUUUGGCUCCCGAUGCCGCGGCAGCUCUUGCUGGAACACGUCCCCCAGAUCUCAGUAUGCAGCCAGAGCCCUCCGGGCAUAGGCGGCGGCGGAGCACCUUGCUAAACACCCAAGACGUCGGUAGUGCUCGGGGGAAAGCACCUACGAAACGUAAUGAUUUACAGGAGGAGCCGAAGGCUGGAGAUUUGGCAGACGACGACGAUAUGAAGAGCACAAGCGAUGAGGUCGAGCUAGACGAUUUAUCAGAUGAUGGACUGCAAGACGACGAAGAAACCGGCCUGACAGGGAAGGAUAAGGGUCGGAGGAAACGCAAGAGGAGGCAUAAUACACAGCUGGAUCAUCGGAUAGCGGGAGAUAUCAAGAUCACCGACGAGGAGAAGAAAGAAGCGGACCAGAAUGUGUUCAAAAGGAGUUUGGUCAAUGGAAUAUUGAUUGGACUGUGGUAUAUAUUCUCAUUAUCGAUAUCAAUUUACAACAAGUGGAUGUUUUCCGCCGACCACCUCGACUUCAAGUUCCCCCUAUUUACAACAUGUAUGCAUAUGCUGGUGCAGUUCACUCUGUCAUCCCUGGUCCUAUUCUUUCUACCACAGUUCCGACCACGAUACGAUUCCAUCUCAAAUCCCCAUAAUGCCCAGACCACAGAUUCGGAUCUGGCACAACAUGAAGCAGACUCCAAGAAGCCAUUGAUGACACGGAUGUUCUAUUUUACACGUAUAGGACCUUGUGGAAUGGCUACGGGUCUUGAUAUUGGAUUGGGAAACACCAGUUUGAAGUUCAUUACUCUUACAUUUUACACGAUGUGCAAGUCCUCAUCCUUAGCAUUCGUCCUUCUAUUCGCGUUCCUUUUCCGCCUCGAAACACCCUCCUGGCGCCUCGUUGCCAUUAUUGCUACAAUGACAGUUGGUGUCAUCAUGAUGGUAGCCGGUGAGGUGGACUUCUCCACCCUAGGCUUCAUUCUCGUCAUAUCCGCUGCAUUCUUCUCUGGCUUUCGCUGGGGCCUCACCCAAAUCCUCCUUCUCCGAAACCCAGCAACAUCAAAUCCUUUCUCCUCAAUCUUCUACCUCGCCCCUGUAAUGUUCUUCUCCCUACUUCUACUCGCGGUCCCAGUAGAAGGUAUUCCCGCCCUCUUCCAAGGCCUACGAACACUCAUGGAAGUCAAAGGAAACAUCCUAGGCCCAUGUAUUCUCCUCUUUCCCGGCGCAAUAGCCUUCUGCAUGACAGCUUCCGAAUUCGCCCUCCUUCAACGAACAUCCGUCGUUACCCUCUCCAUCGCAGGCAUCUUCAAAGAAGUCGUCACAAUCCUCGCCGCGGGCCUCGUCUUCCACGAUACUCUCACACCGAUCAACAUAUCCGGUCUCUUUGUUACGAUCGGCGCCAUAGCAGCGUAUAAUUAUAUCAAGAUCCGCAAGAUGAGGGAAGAUGCACAAAUCGAAGCACACAAACAACAUAUUAUUGAGCGCGGCCCUGGAAGUGGCAGUGACGCGGAUGAAGAAAGCGAGGACAGCGAAGACGAAGAGUGGAAUACGAUGGAAGGAACAAUGGUCACAGCAGACGGCGACAUAAUACCCACACCGGGCUCUGCGAAAAAGAAAGGCGAGAGCUCGAGAGCGAAUGGUGACCGUGCGAGGAGUAGGAGUGAACUAGAGGCCUUGGCAGCUAGUAAGAGAGAGUUGAGUGAUUAG